AGAAGUACUUUAGCUUACAGAACAAUUUUGAUUUUAAGCCUUUGCAAAAGCAAUUAAUCAAUAAAAUAAUAGAAAAAGAAAACAUAAGUAAAUAAAAAAAUAGAAGGUUUAAGCGUAGAAAAACUAUGCUUUCACUCAAGUUACCAAAACUGAAUCUACUGUUGAGAACACUGUCGACGAAAAAAAGCACCGUAGAUCCCAAACAAAUGGAAUAUUUUAAUGAAAUAUCAGAAGUGUGGUGGGAUAAGCAAGGUGUUCUCAAAAUAUUACAUGAAAUGAAUGAUUUAAGAAUCCCAUGGAUCCAAAAUCGCCUGCGUGAAAUUGACAUAUUGAAACCUAAUUCAAAUCAAGCUAAACCUUUGGAAGGUUUAACUAUUUUGGAUGUAGGCUGUGGCGGAGGAAUCCUGACCGAACCACUGUGUCAGUUAGGGGCCAAAGUUACUGGCAUAGAUCCUAAUACGAAACUGCUCAACAUAGCCAAAUCACGUGCGCUACAAUUUAACCUAACCGACUUAGAAUAUUAUUGCACAACUGUGGAAGAACACGCAGAAAAGCACUCUAAUAAAUAUGACGUUGUGACAUGUUUUGAAACUAUAGAACAUGUUAGAGAGCAAGACAUUUUGACAAAAUUUUGUGUGCAGUGUCUUAAACCAGGAGGUUCCAUCUUUUUGACCACUAAUAGCAAAUCUUGGACUUCGAAACUGGUGUUUAUUACUUUAUUAGAAGAUUUGCUACGAUUUUUUCCAAGUGGAACACACCAAUAUGAAAUGUUCAUAGAUAUUAACGAUUUAAUAAAUCUGUUAGAAAAAGAAAACUGCAAAGUUCUCUUCACGAAAGGAAUGAGCUACAAUCCCUUUUCAAGCAAAUGGACCUUAGUGAAAAAUGUGAAUAUUUUAAAUUACGUUCUCCAUGCUGUCAAAUUUCGUAGUUAAAGUAUGGAUAUUCUCGUAAAUAAUAUAUAUUUUUGUUUCUGAAUAAAGAUUUUUAAAUGAAAA